AUGGGGCUGGAGACUGUGCGCAAGACCCACCUCAACCCACCAACUCGGGGUGGCGAAGGGUAUGUCCCUAUCCCGGCUAUCCAGAACCUCCGCUCUUUCAACUCCUCUGCUGAUGCAAGCAAGGGUGAUGACCUGCUUCCUCCUGGCUGUGAGGACUAUAUUCACAUAAUAAUUCAACAGAGAAAUGGCAGAGAGACCUUUACUACUGUCCAAGGGAUCGCUGAAGAAUUGUGUCCAUCUACAAUUAAAAAUUUUUUUAGUAAGGAAAAGAAGAAAUAUGCCUGCAAGUGUACCAUAAUCGAACUUCCAAAGUAUGGAGAAGUAAUUCAGCUGGAGGAUGACCAGCCCAAGAACACAGGCCAGUUCCUGCUAGAGACUGGACUGGCUAAAGGCCAGCAGGGGAAGGAUCGUGGCCCGCAUUCCAAAGCUGGCCGCUAUGGAGACCAUACCAACUGCCCCAUCCACGAUACCUUCCCCAAAAGGCUGCCUGAGAGUCUAGAGAUCCCUGAUGGAGUCUCAGGACAGCGCGCAGAUCUUUGGCCAGAGAUCACAGAACACAGCCAUGUGGUCUAUGCAGAGCUACCUCCCAAGGCGAACAUCGGGGUAGUGGGAACCGUGCAGUACGUGGCCUUCUCAGAUGGGCAUCUUUAA